ACUACAGUGGGAAUCCCUAAUGAGUCAUUUUUUGGUUUGGGCAUCUUUCCACUUUUUACCCUUUCUGGUAAUUUCAAAAUGUAAUUAUCGAUAUAAGUUAACAAGAUAUUCGCAUAGCAAAGUAAGUAUCUAUUUAGGAGAAUCACUCUCUUAAUAACUAUUGGUUUCUCAAGUACUAGGCUUCUUUACGACUAUUUUGGAUCAUCAACAACAAACUCUACACACAUGUUGUAGUAAAAUAACCUUAAAACGAUAGAGUACAAAAAUUGUAAUGGAAAAGAGAGUAACUCCACAAUCAAGUACAUCUCAACUAAAUGGUGACAAGACCAAAUCCAUUCUACAGAUAUUAAAUGGUUAUUUAGGACCGUUCCUUAAACGAUCUCAGAGUCCUGUUUGUUCUGAUAGUAAUGCCAACAGAGUGCAAAGACCUGUAGAAAGAUGCCCAUCAGAAAUUGAUGGUUUCGUUUUCGUUGAGCAAAUAGAAUUAUCACAUUUCAGCAAUUGUCAAAUUCCAAAAAAGGAAGAGAAUAGAGGGCAUACUUUUGAAAGAACUCAAUUAAAUAAACCGACUUGGUGCGAUCAGUGUGGGGAUUUUAUUUGGGGAGCUUAUAAAGAUUGCCUCAAAUGCCAUAAUUGCGAUUACGUCUGCCAUUAUAAAUGCCGAAGUGAAAUUGCAAUCGAAUGUCAACACAACGGAGGGUCUCAUAACUUUGGAACAGAGCAAAAAGAAAGAAUUGAGGAACAUUUUGAAGAGGACGAUAAUGAUCUUUUUAGCGCUUCCCCUAGUAAAACUACUUUAACAAGUGAUGAUAUUCAUUCACAAAUUCAAAUAUUUAAUAAUAAUCAGCAUGGGCUUUCUAUGAGCAUGGAGGAUGAUAAUCGUUUCUCAGGUUCAAUAAGAAUUUAUUUGAAUUUGUUUAGGCCGGUUAAAAUGAUUUUGGAAAAUCACUUGAGAGGAGGAAAGCGAUCGAGCGAUUCUGAAGAAUCAGAAAGUGAAACAGACAGCACAACAAAAACAAUUUCAUUUCAUCUCCCUCGAAGCACAAGUCUCGUGAUACGGAUUAACAGCCAAACGAGGACGAGAGAUGUUAUAAAAAAAUUUUUGAAAAAAUAUCGUAUAAUCGAUAAUCCCUGCAAAUUCGCCUUAUACGAAAGUAUAGAUCAGGGCGAGGGACAUGCUUCUAUAAGAAGAUUAUCAGAUGAUGAAUAUCCUCUAGUUAUAUGUCUAAACUGGUCAGUUGAUGGACUAAACAAACGUAGUUUUAUUUUACGGGAGAACGAUACAAAUGAUAUUCAGUGGGACGCUUUUUCCAUUCCUGAGCUGGAGUCAUUCUUGAAAAUUCUUCAAAGAGAGGAGCUAGAAUAUAGAAUUCAAAUAAAAAAUAAAUACGCUCAAACGAAAAGUAUUUUACAACAUCGAAUUGAGAAAAUAGAGCGGAAACAGCUUGGUGAUGAUAACCGAACUCCAAUAUUUGUUUAG